AUGUCAGAUCCCGCACCACUUCCCUUUGCACUGCAAUUUGUUGCCGGUGCUGUUGCCGGUAUUUCAGAAAUCCUGGUUAUGUACCCGCUGGACGUUGUCAAGACUAGGAUGCAACUGCAAUUGAACACUGUUUCUGCCGAUGAAAGGUAUAACGGUGUGGUGGAUUGUUUCCGUAAGAUCAUCAAGAAGGAGGGUUUCUCCCGUCUUUACAAAGGUAUUACUUCUCCUGUGUUAAUGGAAGCCCCAAAGAGAGCCACAAAAUUUGCCUGUAAUGAUGAAUUUCAGAAAUUUUACAAACGUUCAUUCGGUGUUGAAAAGUUGACCCAACCUCUAUCCAUUUUAAGUGGUGCUUCUGCAGGUAUCUGUGAAUCGCUUGUGGUGGUGCCAUUUGAAUUGGUUAAGAUUCGUCUACAAGAUCAAAAUACAACUUUCAAAGGUCCAGCUGAUGUGGUUAGACACAUCUGCAAAGAAGAAGGUGUCCUUGCCAUGUACAAUGGUUUAGAAUCAACUAUGUGGAGACACGGUGUUUGGAAUGCCGGUUACUUUGGUAUUAUCUUUCAAAUUAGAAGCCUCCUCCCAGCGGCUCAAAAUAAAUCUCAAAAGACAAGAAACGAUUUGCUUGCAGGUGCAGUGGGUGGUACUUUCGGUUCAUUCUGUUCUACACCAUUUGAUGUGGUUAAAUCUCGUAUUCAAAACACUGCUGUGGUACCUGGUCAAAUGAGAAAAUACAACUGGACUUGGCCAUCGCUUUUCACUAUUUAUGCAGAAGAGGGAUUCUUGGCCCUUUACAAAGGUUUCCUACCAAAGGUGCUCAGAUUGGGUCCAGGUGGUGGUAUCCUGCUGGUGGUGUUCACCGAAGUUUCCGACAUGUUGAGAAACGUCACUAACAAAUGA